AUGGCUGCUUCCUCCGAUGGAGGCAAGCCACUACAGCCCGUCACUCAUGUCAUCUUUGACCUGGAUGGCACCCUCAUAAACACCGAGGAUAUCUUCAACAACAUCAUGAAAGAACUCUGCAGCCACUAUGGGAAGACAUACACUUGGAAGGAAAGGUCCCAGAUCAUGGGGAUGAAAGAGGUGAAUGCCCUGGAGAUUCUCCGAAAGCUCUUCGACCUGCCCUUAACCGUUGAAGAAAUCCUCCGCGAGACCUCCCAAAAGAAACGAGAACUAUAUCCCACCUCUGCCUUAAUGCCUGGCGUGGAAAAGCUGGUCCGCCAUUUGCACGGGCACAAGAUCCCCAUCGCCAUUGGCACUAGCUCUGUUCGCGAGGUAUUUGAGAUGAAAACGGGGCAACUGAAGCCCUUUUUCAGUUUGUUCCAUCACAUUGUGAUGGGAGAUGACCCUGAGGUAAAAAAUGGCAAGCCGCAGCCUGAUAUAUUUUUGGUUGCCGCCAAGAGGUUUGAACCGCCGGUACCUCCGGCAAAGUGCCUUGUCUUUGAAGAUGCCCCGAACGGGGUCAAAGCGGCCCUGGCUGCCGGCAUGCAAGUAAUCAUGGUCCCCGAUGGUGGUUUGCCAAAAGAACUAACAAAAGAAGCCACCCAUAUCCUACAAUCAAUGAAUGAUUUCAAGCCAGAAAUGUAUGGCUUGCCAAAGUUUGAUUGA